AGAGCUGCUCCAUUUCAAUAAAAUGAAAUGCGAGCAGAAGAUUCGCUUGUUGAGAAAGCAAAGGUCUUUGAACUUGACAAUGUAGGCUACUUACUAUACUCCACUACUCUAAUCUCAUGGUGAUGUUCUCUCUUGAGACCGAGAGUCUCAUUUUCCCGAUACGGCUCUUAUACCAGACGAAGCUUCUACGUUUUUAAAUGCAAAAUGGAUAUGACACUAAGAUGAUGGCAAGUGCAACAUCGUAUUACACCCUUAGAUGUUGUUAGCAUAAAAAUAAAUUGAAGUUUUUAAAUAAAAGAAUGGAUUAAAAAAAGAAACGGUAUUUUGAAGUGGAAUCUGAUCUGGGUACACGUUUGUAGUUCAAUGCGCUGCAUACUGGUCUUUAAUUGGGCCGACUUGCGUUACCGAGAGAACGCUUACGGUCAGCGAUCUUAAUAAGGUAAAUCGUACGACCUAUCGACACAGCUCGGAGCGUGAAGCCAACUAGAUGUGACAAGGGGAGGGGGGGUUAUGGGUUACGAUUUGCAUAAUAGGCGUUUUUCAUGGGAACAGGGUGAAUAGUAGAUUGAGAGGUGAGUUUAGAAAUAAGGUUAUCAGUUGUGUACUGGACCGUGUAUUGAUGAAGGAGACAUACAGGUUAUAUAAACACAAUUUGGGAGGGGCAAGAAAUUGAAACGGGUCUUUUGGUGAGAUGCGGUGGUGAUAUCCGUUGAGCGCUGAGUGCACAUCUUCGUGUGAUUUUAAUCGAGUCCAAAAAUUGUCUUUAUGCUAUUCCCUUUAAAGGAACAUCAUUGUCCCACCCCCUCCAAAAAAGGGGUAAUCCCCGCCCGGCAUCCAAAUUCAGUAUCCUUCUACAAAUCCAAAUUUAAUUUAAAUUCAAAAUAGAUUUUAAAACAUUCAAAGCUGGGGGAUCGGAUUAUGCAUGGCGUUCCAAAGAGCAAAGAUGCUCUCAGUUUUGUUAGGGUAAGCAUCUGGGCGUAUUUUCAGUUUAUGUAAGAUUUUUUUAAAAUGAUGUGUAAGAUGCACACAAAAUAUUCUAUUUUAAAACAAACGAAAAUUCAAAAGUAUUUUAGUAAUCGUAAGUAUCGAAUUCCGAUGCAAGUGGCCGAUUACUAACGGAUCCCCCAGCUUGCAAAAGGUCUUUCAAUUUCGUUGCACCGUCGAAAUAUGUUCAGUUUAGACGACGAAGACACUAGUCAGUCAGAAAUUACUAGUUUUGAAGUGAGCGAGAUGUCUCUUAACCAGUAUUCAAUAAAUUGCGAAAGUGACGAGAAGAUCUCGAAAAACAAGUCUGAAAUAUACCGACGGUUGGAGAUUAAUAAGAACGUUUUUACGACGGACCCUAAUGAUACGUCUGCGACUGCUGCAUCGACCUCUCGUUUCGAUAACCUUAUCUUCAACGGCUCUGCAUCGGUCCCAACAAGUUCGUUUAUGAUUUCGGAUCAGUACAUUAAUGAUGAGGUUGAGACUGUCAAAAUUGUGAACAGCCCCGUUUGUCAAGAAGAAAUGGGUGACGAGUUGCUAGUUGAAUUCGAGACGAUAGACUUGGCAGCAGCAUCACCUGUAAUUGCAACUGAAAACAGAUGCGAUAAUUGGCCAUCGGCAGUCGAUCAGCGGAAGAGGCGUUGCGUCCUGGCAGUAGUCAUAGCAUCAGUAGCAGGAGUUACAAUUGUAAUUGUAAUCAUAGUGCUACUUACGUUCAAUCUCCACCGUUAAUUGGUUGUUGAACAAGAAUUUCGUGAAUCGUAUCACUUAACCUUUGUAUUCAAAUACAUACAGUUUAUUACUUUGGAA